GGAUUGUAACAUUUUCAGAGAAGCUUUUGGGAAGAACGAGUCUACCUCAAUAAAUGAAGGAGAAUAAAGAAAAUUCAAGCCCUUCAGUAACGUCAGCAAACCUGGACCACACAAAACCAUGUUGGUACUGGGAUAAGAAAGACUUGGCUCAUACACCCUCGCAGCUGGAAGGACUCGACCCUGCCACUGAGGCCCGGUACCGCCGGGAGGGGGCUCGUUUCAUCUUUGAUGUGGGCACACGUUUGGGGCUACACUAUGACACCCUGGCAACUGGGAUAAUUUAUUUCCAUCGUUUCUACAUGUUUCAUUCCUUCAAGCAGUUCCCAAGAUAUGUUACAGGAGCGUGCUGUCUCUUUCUAGCUGGGAAAGUAGAAGAAACGCCCAAAAAAUGUAAAGAUAUCAUCAAAACUGCUCGUAGCUUGUUAAAUGAUGUACAGUUUGGCCAGUUUGGAGAUGACCCUAAGGAAGAAGUGAUGGUGCUGGAGAGAAUCUUACUGCAGACCAUCAAGUUUGAUUUACAAGUGGAGCAUCCUUACCAGUUUCUACUCAAAUAUGCAAAACAGCUCAAAGGUGAUAAAAACAAAAUCCAAAAGUUGGUUCAAAUGGCCUGGACGUUUGUAAAUGACAGCCUGUGCACCACCUUGUCGCUGCAGUGGGAGCCGGAGAUCAUCGCUGUGGCUGUCAUGUAUCUCGCUGGUCGUCUCUGCAAGUUUGAGAUACAAGAGUGGACGUCUAAGCCCAUGUACCGGAGGUGGUGGGAGCAGUUUGUCCAGGACGUCCCCGUUGAUGUUUUGGAAGACAUCUGUCACCAGAUCCUGGACCUAUACUCACAAGGGAAGCAGCAGAUGCCUCAUCACACCCCCCACCAGCUGCAGCAGCCCCCAUCUCUUCAGCCUUCACCACAAGUGCCCCAAGUACAGCAGCCCCCACCACCUCAAGGCCCCGACCCGCCCCAGCCCCCGCCCAAGGACGGCCAGCAGCCUGCGCAGCAGCCGCCGCCGCCCACCCAGCCUCCGAAGAAACCAUCUCCACAGCCAAGUCCCCCCAGACAGGUCAAACGGGCCGUGGUGGUUUCUCCCAAAGAAGAGAACAAAGCAGCAGAACCUCCACCACCUAAAAUCCCCAAACUUGAGACCACCCACCCACCAUUGCCUCCAACCCACCCGCCUCCAGACCGGAAACCUCCCCUCGCAGCUGCCUUGGGAGAGGCUGAACCUCCGGGCCCAGUGGAUACCAGUGAUCUCCCCAAAGUCCAGAUCCCACCAGCAACCCACCCGGCCUCUGUGCACCAGCCUCCACCGCUCCCACACCGGCCCCCGCCCCCGCCCUCCAGCUACAUGACGGGCAUGUCCACCACCAGCUCAUACAUGUCAGGCGAGGGCUACCAGAGCCUUCAGUCCAUCAUGAAAACGGAGGGCCCGGCCUACGGUGCCCUGCCGCCUGCUUACGGCCCUCCCGCCCACCUGCCUUACCACCCCCACGUCUACCCCCCAAACCCACCCCCUCCCCCCGUGCCCCCACCCCCGGCCUCCUUUCCCCCGCCUGCCAUCCCUCCCCCGACUCCCGGUUACCCCCCUCCUCCCACCUACAACCCCAACUUCCCACCUCCACCACCACGCCUGCCCCCCACCCAUGCUGUCCCACCUCACCCCCCUCCAGGGCUGGGCCUGCCCCCUGCCAGCUACCCACCCCCAGCCGUGCCCCCAGGGGGACAGCCCCCUGUGCCCCCGCCCAUCCCCCCUCCCGGCAUGCCCCCUGUUGGGGGGCUGGGGAGGGCAGGCUGGAUGAGAUAA